ACACAUAUUGGUGAAAGUGCUUAACUGUAUACAAGGUGAUUUUCCCAUUUUACCCCUCUUCUUCAGUCAGAGACUCACAGUACAUUUGUACAUUAACUUUCUUGUAUCCUUCUUUUUGCUUAUCCUGGAAAUCCAAAGCAAAUUCAAGAAAUGGCUAAAGAUGAAGACUUUAAGCUUCUCAAGAUCCAGACAUGUACUCUGAGGGUUAAUCUGCACUGUGAUGGUUGCAAGCAUCAAGUCAAGAAAGUCCUGCAAAGAAUUGAAGGUGUGUAUCAAGUGAGCAUAGAUGCAGAACAACAGAAAGUGACAGUUUUAGGAAGUGUAGAUGCUUCAGCUUUGAUAAAGAAGCUUGUGAAAGCUGGUAAACAUGCUGAAAUUUGGUCAAACAAGUCAAACAACCACCAAAGUCAAAGUCAAAAUCAAAAGGGUCUUUCUAAAAAAGAUGACAAGAACAAAAAAGGCCAUGAAACCUUGAAAAAACAGCAAAAGGUCAAACCUUUGACCUCUGGAGAAGAAGAUGAUGAUGUGUCUUUUGAAGAUAAUGAGGAUUUGAGCCAGAAACAACAAGAAGCAGUUUCUGCAAAUAAUCCAAAAAAAAUUAAAAAUAAAAGUCAACCCAACUCUGGAAAUGGGAAGAAAAGUCAAAAUGUUGUGGGAGGGCAAAAGGGUAAUUUUGAGGGUUUGAGCGAGGGCAAAAGGGUAAUUCUUGGACCUCUUGGUGGUGGUGGUGGUGGUAAUCUUGGAGGGUUUGACUUUGAAAUGGCUAAUGGUGGUCAACAUGGUCAACAUAUGAUGAUGAACAUGAAUGGGUUAAGGUACAAUCAGCAGCAGCAAGGGUACAACCUUCAACAGCAGCAAAUGUUCAACCAAUCAGCUGCAGGAUCAUUGAAUAUGAUGAGCAUGCAAAACAGGCAAGCAAUGUAUCAGAGGCCCACUAUCAUGCAACCAACAACUGGCUACUACUACAAUUACAAUCCUGCUCCUUACCCUUACAAUGAGCCUCCAUAUGGGUGCUAUUACACUGGUGGCAAUGGUGGUGGUGAUGUUAACAUGUGGAGUGAUGAGGACACAAGUAGUUGUUCUGUCAUGUGAAGGGUAAAUGUGGAAAAAGUUGAGACCUUUUGUUGUUGUUGUUGUAGAAGAAGUUUGAUUUUGAUGUAAUUGAGGAUGUUGUUGAUGGAUCUUUUGUUAACCAUGUUGAAAUGACUAUGUUAAAAAUGUUAAAGAAGUUAA